AAGGUUUAUGCUGACAAUAACCUCAAAACAGUUGGCAGUGUAGUACAUAUGUGUAUAUAUACAUAUAACAUAUGUACAUACUGUUGUGACGUCAUGUUUAUUGUAUUGUCAGAAAACUUCCAAAACAGAACAUGAUUCUAUUUUAUACAUAUGAUUUAUAAUUUGCGGAUAACCAAAGAAGUCGCCUUUAUUUUACGUACAACAGUUGCCUGUAGCUCCGGAAGUGAUAUUCGGAUGACAGGUGUCGAUUAUAUCCGUUUCACGGUCUUUCUACGCGACGUGCUCCGACGGAGCGUGAUCUCGCGUUUCUGACAGAAAGUAUAACGUCCGAAUGAAGAGUGUUCUCUUGAAGAUUGUUAAUCGGGCCAAUCAAAUUGUCACGUGCCGAUAUUUGUGUCUGACGACGAUGGCCAAGAGUAAAUUCGAGUAUGUGAAGGAGUUCGAACGGGACGAGAAUUGCUUGCCGAACUGCUGGAUUGUAAUUAGAAUAGACGGCAGGAAUUUUUCGAGGUUCUGCGACAUGCACCAGUUCAUCAAGCCGAACGACGUGACCGCUCUUGAGCUGAUGAAUCGCGCUGCUAUCACCGUUAUGGAAGACUUUAAACAGAUUAUAUUGGGCUUUGGUCAAAGCGACGAAUACUCAUUCGUCUUCCGGAAAGAUACGCAGCUUUACAAACGCAGAGCGUCAAAAUUAAUGUCUAAUGUAAAUUCAUUAUUUGCCUCGGCGUAUGUUUAUCACUGGCCACACUUCUUCAGAGGCAAAGAAUUAUAUUAUCCACCUUCGUUCGACGCUCGUAUUGUAUUAUAUCCAACAGAUAAGAAUUUAAGGGAUUAUCUAGCUUGGCGGCAGGCUGAUGUACACAUUAAUAAUUUGUAUAAUACUUGUUUUUGGAAUCUUAUUUUGAAAGGAAAAUUAACUCCGAGUCAGGCGGAAGAAAAACUUAGAGGCACUCUGGCAUCGCAUAAAAAUGAAUUACUUUUUCAAGAAUUUGGUAUAAAUUAUAAUAAUGAACCGUCAAUGUUUCGAAAGGGCACAACGCUUAUUCGGAAAUUAAUACCAGAUGGUACAGGAAGAUUGAAUCCUGCUGUAGUUCCUUUAGUAGAUGAUAUUAUCGGUGACCGUUUUUGGAAAGAGAAUCCCGAAGUAAUUGGUUUGAAAAGUUUAGCAACUUAUCAACCAAAUUUAACGAAUAAUAGUAAGAAUACAAUGCCCAUGCCUAUUCCGUCUUCACCUCCUAUGAUGAAUCUUGGGAGCAACGUUCUUCCAUCUUCACAAGUCAUCAAUGUAAAUUCAGCCAAUGAAGAAGUGCAUCUUAAUAGAAGUAGAGAGACAAAUGGAGAUCAAAUACAGAGUGAAAGUGAACGCAUUUGUAAGAGAUAAGUUUGUACUUUAUUCUUUUUACAAUAAAGUUGAUUUGAAAACUA